AUGUGUCUAGUCAAAAGAACAAGACGUAUUAUUGGUGACACGGAGCGAUCUCAACAAACAACAUACUACUGUCCUCGCAGCCGCAACGGUCGUACCUGUAGUCUCACUCGCUAUGAGGACGUCGAGAAACGAUACCAAGAGUUGUCCUCGAAAGUGACAACCCCCAGCAUUUCACGCCGUCGCCAGUCAACAAGCAAAACAUCAAGAGAUAGUAUCUGGAAAGUCCUGAGUGGCCCAUUUUUUAGAGAAAGGUCUGGAAAACCACAUGACGAUCAAACCCGUGGCAUGCGAGACCAACAAGCUCCGGGCCGUUCUUCUCAAGUACAACCGCCAUCGUCGACUCAACCUGACAUCAUAUCAGACCCUUUACGACAAACAGAGAGAGCUGAUCACCGAAGAAUCGCGAGUUCGCCGUUGGUCAUAGAAAGAACACCUCGAGACGUAAUGGAACAAGUUCGGCCCGCAACAGCACCUGCCCAUAGGCCGGCAAGAGUUCCAAGGCCAAGGACUCCAGUGGAAGAGCGUCCUCGGGUGAGACAGCAUCCAGUUUCUGUACACCAAGCUGAGUUGGUACCAGAAGAGAUCGAAAUGACUGGUGCGCGGCAGCCGGAAAGCGAUAUUGAUGAUCAUUUCUCGACCUUUGCUACUUUUCCUUCUUCCUCUUCCUCUUCGUCUGAGCCAAUGACAGAGUUUGAAGAUGAUGAGACAUACUACGAGCCCAUCCAAUCUCACACUCCAGAGGAAGAGAGCACGGUAGGUCACCGCCGAGACCGUGAGUACCUGUAUGCUCGACUAGAAGCUCUCCAUGCAAAACAGCGUGUCAACGAUGCAAUUCGUGAGCGAAGAGAACUCGAGGAUCUGACCAAUGGCAUGCGUCAUAUUCUGAUCAACAACCGAACCGGAAUUGGUGCUGGUGGUGUGACACGACGUUCAACCAACCCAGCUAGACAAGGGAGACAAGUAGUAGCGUCACCUCCGGAAAGAGCAGGGGACAUAACGGGCGACAUGGGAGGGUUCCGUCGACACUCGAGUGUCAUUGCGAGACGGAAUUUCCCCCCUCGGUCAUACGUUAUACAAGAAGAAAACCGUCGGGUGAGGGAGGAAAGUGAGAGGGUUAUUGAGAACGCGCGUGCUAGGCGCAAUACUCAGGGCUCCCUAGACGGUGCGGACGCCUUUUUCCGCGAAAGACACGAAAAGAUGAAUCGAGUUGUUGAGCAUUGCGUGAUUGGUCAGCGAGAUCAGGUGGAGUCAUCUAAACAUAACUUAUUUAUCACCGCUUUUCCUCGAUACUUUACCGGGGCUAGAACGGAUCGAAAAUCAAGCAUCUCCCUUGCCACAUCUUUUAUCCAGCGGAGCGUUACUGGAGCCCAUAUUACGAAUCCGGAGGACAAUGAGAGGUUUAUCCAGAAUAUCACUGUUGAGCAUGAAGGAGAUGGAAAGGAGCAUACAGUUUCACCCUCCCAGCAUGCGAAUGCCCAAUCGGGGGUCCCUCCGAUAGAUGAGCGAGAUGCAGUGGUGUUUCAGAUGUCGGCGACAGAUGCCUUGAAAGCAGUUACCGCUCAUUUGACGGAAUUGGCGCGUGUUACCGGAGAUGUUCCGGCGACGCCUUAUGCGCAGCAGCAAGAACAGCAACAGCAACCUCAGAAUUUGGACGAUGCGAGUUUGGAUAUCAUUGCAGAGAAACAAAUGCCAGCCGUCAGUAUCACAGAAUUACACUGGGGAGACGUGAAGGAUAUCUCUGCAGAGUCGACGCCGGCAGGAGUAAUCCAGCAUAAUGUGCUGGUGAAAAGGUUCUAUUCAAAGAAAGCCCCACCUAUCUCAUUGGAGGACUAUCUUCUUCGCCUUCACAAAUACUGUCCCAUGUCUACCGCUGUUUAUCUUGCAGCGAGCCUUUACAUCACCAGAAUGGUGUUUACAGAAAAGGCUCUGUUUGUCACUCCCCGAAAUGUCCAUCGUUUAGUGCUUGCAGCUCUUCGAGUGGCAAUGAAGGCACUGGAAGACUUAAGUUAUCCCCAUGCUCGCUUCGCCCGAGUCGGUGGUGUAGCAGAGCGCGAACUUACUCGACUCGAAAUCACGUUUUGUUUCCUUACAGAUUUUGAUCUGCGUGUCGAUGCGCACGCAUUACUAUGUCAGAUUCAUUUACUUCAGAGCACGCCAGUACCGACGGAGAAUCAUAACAACACACACAGUGUCGCCUCAAAUACUGUCUCACCAGAGGUCGCCGAAGUUCCCUCAUGA